UUCUCAUUUUUACCACUCCAUCCCUCUCUCCUUACUUCAGACUCAAAAAUUAAAAGAAAAAACCGAAUUUCCCAUGGCAGUUAGUACCCAUUUGGCACCCCCUGCAAAUAAAAUACGCAUGAACUGAAAUUCCAAAAUCGGUGCCGCCAUUAAUAACAAAAACUCAGAGAAACGUACAAAGUACGAUAAGAAAAGUGUGACUGUUUGUGUUUUCUGUGAUCAGAUCUGAAGAAAAAUUAGAUAGGAUCCCUCUACACUAAUUUUUGUUCAGUGUAUGGAAAAUGGAGUACAUAGACAAUUUGCCUCCAAUGGAUCUGAUGCGUUCAGAAAAUAUGACAUUUGUACAGCUUAUCAUUCCUGUUGAGUCGGCUCACCCUGCUAUUACUUACCUUGGCCAACUUGGCCUUCUUCAGUUCCGUGAUUUAAAUGAUGAUAAGAGUCCUUUUCAAAGAACAUUCGUAAACCAGGUAAAAAGAUGCGCAGAGAUGUCAAGAAAACUACGAUUUUUCAAAGAUCAGAUACAAAAAGCUGGGCUGCUGCCUUCUCCGCGUCCUGCUUCACAACCUGAUAUUGAACUGGAAGAACUGGAGAUACAACUUGCAGAGCAUGAACAUGAGUUGAUUGAAAUGAAUGCUAAUAGCGAAAAGCUAAGGCAAUCAUUCAAUGAGUUGCUUGAGUUUAAGCUGGUAUUACAGAAGGCUAGUGACUUCCUUGUCUCAAGUAGAAGUUAUACAACAGCUCAGGAAACAGAAUUAGAUGAAAAUGUGUACUCCAAUCAUAGCUAUUCAGAUACAGCAUCAUUACUUGAGCAGGAGAUGCAACCAGAACUUUCAAAUCAAUCUGGAGUAAGAUUUAUUAGUGGCAUUAUCUGCAAGCCCAAAGUUCUACAAUUUGAAAGAAUGCUAUUUCGUGCAACAAGGGGCAAUAUGCUUUUCCACCAGGCAGUUGCUGAUGAAGAAAUCUUGGAUCCUACCUCAAAUGAAAUGGUUGAGAAAAUAGUCUUCGUAGUAUUCUUUUCGGGUGAGCAGGCGAGAACAAAAAUAUUGAAAAUAUGUGAGGCGUUUGGUGCUAAUUGCUAUCCUGUUCCUGAAGACAUGACCAAGAGGAGGCAAAUAACUCGAGAAGUUUUGUCAAGGCUAUCUGAAUUGGAAACCACUCUGGAUGUUGGAUUACGUCAUCGAGAUAAAGCUUUAACGUCUAUUGGAUUUCACCUCACAAAAUGGAUGAACAUGGUUAGAAGGGAAAAGGCUGUUUAUGAUACAUUAAAUAUGCUGAAUUUUGAUGUCACAAAGAAGUGUCUAGUUGGAGAGGGCUGGUGUCCAAUAUUUGCGAAGACUAAGAUACAAGAGGCUUUGCAACGUGCGACAAUUGAUAGCAACUCACAAGUGGGAAUUGUAUUUCAUGUGAUGGGUGCUGUAGAUUCACCUCCAACAUACUUCAGGACAAACCAUUUCACAAAUGCAUAUCAAGAAAUUGUAGAUGCGUAUGGUGUUGCUAAAUACCAGGAGAUAAAUCCUGCUGUUUACACCAUUGUUACAUUCCCUUUCCUUUUCGCGGUGAUGUUUGGAGAUUGGGGUCAUGGAAUUUGUUUGCUGUUGGGAGCAUUGGUUCUUAUUUCUAAGGAAAGCAAGCUUAGCUCUCAAAAACUGGGCAGCUUUAUGGAGAUGCUCUUUGGCGGUCGCUAUGUACUCCUCUUAAUGUCAAUAUUUUCAAUUUACUGUGGCUUGAUAUAUAAUGAAUUCUUCUCUGUUCCAUUUCACAUAUUUGGUGGCUCUGCAUACAAAUGCCGAGAUGCUUCAUGCAGUGACGCAUAUACAGUCGGUUUAAUAAAAUACAGUGAUCCUUAUCCUUUUGGUGUGGAUCCAAGCUGGAGAGGUAGCCGUUCGGAGCUUCCUUUCUUGAACUCCCUUAAGAUGAAGAUGUCUAUUUUGUUGGGUGUGGCACAGAUGAACCUCGGAAUUAUAUUAAGUUACUUCAAUGCACGUUUCUUCAACAACACACUUGAUAUUAAGUAUCAGUUUGUGCCACAAGUGAUCUUUCUCAACAGCCUUUUUGGAUACCUGUCUCUCCUCAUUGUUGUUAAAUGGUGCACUGGAUCUCAGGCAGAUCUCUACCAUGUUAUGAUUUAUAUGUUCCUAAGUCCAUUCGAGGCUCUUGGUGAAAACCAGUUGUUUUGGGGCCAGAGUGUGCUUCAGGUAAUAUUGCUGCUUUUAGCACUUGUUGCUGUUCCAUGGAUGCUUUUUCCAAAACCUUUUAUUUUGAAGAGACUUUACACCGAGAGAUUUCAAGGUGGAACUUAUGGCCUUCUUGGAACAUCUGAGGUGGAUACUUAUGAGGAACCAGACUCUGCGAGGCAACACCACCACGAGGAGUUCAAUUUUAGUGAGGUUUUUGUGCAUCAAAUGAUACACUCUAUUGAGUUUGUUCUGGGUGCCGUCUCUAACACUGCAUCAUACCUUCGGCUGUGGGCUUUGAGUUUGGCUCAUUCUGAAUUGUCUACUGUGUUCUAUGAGAAAGUUCUCCUCCUUGCUUGGGGGUAAGAUUCCAUGACUUUUAGCUUUUUUGAUGUUCAGAAUUUCCUUGUUUAGACACCGCUCAGUGUCUUCAUGGACGUUAAUAGUAAAGUUCGAAGUUUACUUCUGUUAAAAUGUCAAGUUGUUGAAUCAUGAAUCUGGUGAAUACAUUUGGUUACUCAAAUUUUCUUUGCAAUAGUAUGGAUUUGGAGGUAUAACAAGUAUUCCCUCGGAACUAGCUCAGUUCUAUUCUGCAAUGGCUCUAAUCUGUUUAGCAACAUCUCAUCCAAAUUAUUCGUAUUCUUAUGCUGAAAUAUUUGGUGUACACGAUUAUCUGCUCUCUUGUACUCAUUGUAGGAAGUCACAGAGGAUAGGUAAAAUUGGCAUUUAUUUAGACUAUGCUGAGAAGUGGAAGCAUGAAAACAGACAACCUAUCUGAAUGCAUAUUUGCUACCAUGUUCCACUACAAACUUACAAAUCCUAGGGCUAAAUUUGUUAUUAUGCUUUGGUCUCUCUACUAAACGCUAGUAUCUUAACUUGAACCCGUUAUGUCCUAGAUAUAUCUCUUUUCCAUUUUGCCUAAAAAUAGCUCUUUAAAAUAUUCUCCACUUUUAGUUAUAGCAAUAUAUGUAUGCAACAGACCCUUGUAGUCUGGUCCUUCCCCGGACCCCGUGCAUAGCGGGAGCUUAAUGCACCGGGCUUCCCUUUAUGAAUGCAAACAACUAAAAAAAUGUCUAAACAAUAUGCACAAUCCUGUGCUAUGCCAUGAUAUCUGGUGCUUAUAUAUUAUAAUGAUGCGUGGUGACUGGAACUAAUGUAUCAAGGUUCUUUAUCUAGACAAUAUGCACACUCCUGUAUGUGUUUGAGGUACUUUUAUGUAUCAAUAGGAAACACAUUUGUUCCCUAUUUGAGUACUAAAUUGAUGUGGAAUCAAAAGGCUUUCUCAUUCUUUUGGUACCUAAAACUAGGUCUCUCUUCUACCAUUAUUUGAUUGAUAUACAAUUUUGUCAAAAUCUUUUUCCUUUUUAGGUGAAUGUUGUUGUGGCAUUUUCUAAUGAAAUGACAUGACAGUAAAGACCAUAUCAGUGCUUCCUUCUUG